AAAUUAACCCAAAUAUAAAAGUGGAAAAGCUAAAGAGGAGAAAGGUGCCUUUGAAUUUAGAAACUCGACCGGCAAUGGCGGUUACGUACUGAACAUUUGCCGUACCCUUCUUCAACCCUCUCUGUUUUUCUUUUUUCUAACAACAAAAGCAAUUCCUCCAGCUCGGAUAAACACAUGUGGAGCAUUAAUAGCAAUAUUUUUAACUGGCAACAUGACCUUCUUGUAUUCAUGUUUGUUUUGGUCUUUAAUGAUAUGAUAUACUAAGGAUUUAUAUAUAUAUCUAUAUGUUUUCAAUUCCGUGAAUCUAAUCUAGGAAUGAAAUAAACCACCACAAAUAUGCUUUGCUACGGUGUGGCCUAUAAAUAAGACUCUUUAUCAGGAGGCCAUUACUCAUCAUCAAAAUUAAGAAGAAAAGAGAUGAUUCAGCAGAGGCAAAGCAACAACGUGCAUGUGGUUGUUCUGCAUUACCCAGUACAAGGGCACAUAAACCCUCUUGUUCAAUUUGCAAAGAGGUUAGCCUCAAAAGGUAUAAAGGCCACAGUUGCCACCGCCCAUUACACUGCCAACUCCAUUACCGCACCAAACAUCAGCGUGGAACCAAUCUCCGACGGCUUCAACGAAGCCGGCAUUGCCCAAACCAAUAACAAAGUUGAACUCUUCCUCAGCUCGUUCAGAACAAACGGUUCAAGAACCUUGUCCCAACUCAUACAGUAUGGUUUGAUUGAGCUCCCUGUGAACGUGGAAGAUCUGCCCCUGCGUGUUCCUGGCCUUCCUCCGUUGGAUUUCUGGGCACUCCCAAUUCUCUUGAGGUUCCCAGAGAGCUAUCCUGCUUACAUGGCAAUGAAAUUGAGUCAAUUCUCUGACUUGCCCAAAGCUCAUUGGGUGUUUGUAAACACCUUUGAAGCAUUAGUAGCCGAGUGGACUGACCAAUCGUCUAAUGCCGUGUUUUUGGAGCAAGUAUGGGAGGUGGGAGUCUGGCCAAAGGAGGAUGAGAAAGGAAUUGCGAGGAAGCAAGAGUUUGUCACAAGUUUGAAGGUUGCAAUGGAGGGUGAAAGAAGCCAAGAGAUUAGAUGGGAUGCUAAUAAAUGGAAAAUGUUGGCUAGAGAAGCAUUUGAUGAAGGAGGCAGCUCUGAUAAUCAUAUCAAUCAUUUUGUGAAUCAUUUGAUGAAUAUUAGGGAUGUGCAAAAAUUAGUUCAAUAA